AUGGAUAAACUGACUUGGACUGACUUGUUUCCUGUCCACACAGGCCAGCUAGAGCUGGUCAAUCUUCGAUCCGGCAGGCUCGACUUUGCGGGGCUCGAACCCGAGCGAGGAAUGCAGCUCCUGUCACUUUUUUGGAGCCGGCAGCAAGCCACAGGGACGGUGGUGUAUCGGCCCGCCUUCAUGCGAGAUAUGGUAUGCAACGGACCAUACUUCUCUAAUCUUUUACUCCAUGCGAUACUUUUCCUCUGUACGAAGAACUGCCAGGAGUCCGGACCGGGACAAUCUGCCGCCACAGAUGUUUGCGAGGGGAGAAAAGCACUCCGGCGGAAACUCGAGAAAGCCAUCUAUCAUCCUAACACCCAAAUCCUAUGCAAGAGUAACAUUACCACCAUUCAAGCCCUGCUUCUCUUUUCCGAUGGACUGUUCUCAUGGUGCGACGAACCAAGUCUUUCAUGGCACUACCUCGGUAUCGCUAUCAACAUGAUAUUCGAUCUGGGUCUUCACUCGGAAGCAUCUACUUGGAACUGUUCACCAGAAGAAGUAGAAAUCUCGAGGAGAGUUUUCUGGUCUGCAUAUGUUAUGGACAAGACUCAGUCCAUUUACCAGGGCAGACCUCCGCGUUUGUCCUCUGCAUAUCACAAUGUACCUCUCAUGUUCAUAGACGAGUACGAAGAACUUGAGCCCAUUGAUACAGCGGCGGUUUAUGGGUCUGUGUCCUCGGCAGACCGAAUGAGGCCCUCACCUAUUUACAGCGUGUCAGCGUUCGAGCAGCUCUGCAAGCUGAGCUGUGUUGCGGACCGUAUUCUUUGUGAGAUACACGGAGAGAGUAGGCCUGCGAGGGGCUCCGAGGCGCUCGUCAGCACAGCACACGAGCUUCGCGCUGAGCUUAUGAACUGGCUCGCCGCUCUGCCUGAGCAUCUUGGACCCCCGACCGACGCGUAUGGGAGCUACGUGUUCACACCGUACCACGCCUCCCUGCCACAUAUUCUGUGUAUAACACUGGAGUUCCACGCGCUGGUCAUCCUGUUGCACCGCCCCUUUGUCCGCGGAGGACACCUCGAGCUCGAACUAGAAGACGGUCCGUGUGCCCGCGAUGCUCUUGGCACAUGCGUGCAGGCCGCUAUGUGCAUUGACCAGCUCCUCCGGCACUACAGGUCAAAAUGGUGCAUCACCUCACCGCCUUACUUUGUCACGUAUGCGACGUACGUGAGCGCGACAAUCCACGUGCGGAACGUUGCUCGGAGGGUCAACGACCUCCAUUCGCGCCGGUGUCUUCAGAACUGCCUAGAGAUCCUUGAGGCGCACCAGCACGUAUCUCGUGUGCCGCGCCGGGCCCUGGGUAUACUGCUCCGUCUGUGUCGGCGGCUCAAAGUCAACGUCGGCGAUACUCGAAUGGAUGUCGAUGAUACUCGAGUGGACGUCGGUAUUGUGCGUGGGGGCGCGAUGUCAAUCUCCUCGAUGUUGAAUCCGCCGAUGGCCGAUACUGAGACGGUUCAAACGGAUACAGGGUGGGGUGAUGCGGCACUGGCAAGUCCCGACUCAGGGCGGGCGCACGUCAGUGAAGAUGCUGAGAGACAGGCGCGAGGGAGCGGAGGGCCAUCGGAAAUCACUGACCUGGACAGCUUUUAUGCAUCCAUCAACGAUCUGCUAGAGGGUUGGCGUCCUGGUGUAUCGUUUGAUCUCGAUCCACUUUUGGGUUAUGACCAACACGCAUGUUAA